AAGCUCUAUUUUGAUUUGAUUUGAUAACAUUGCACGCGAUGGAUCCUGAGCAAGAAGAGGUAGAAGUGAUUGAAAUUGAUGAGAAUGAACCUGUUCCAGAUGAAGAUGAUGACGACGAAGGAGGGGAUUUGUCAGCUGAUAUAAAUGAAAUGGACUUGGAGAAUGAAGUCCAGUAUGACUCGGAUGAGUUUGAUGAUGAAGCUACCUAUAGGGAUGAUGCUACCUUUGUUUAUAAGAAGCAUGCAGAUUCCGUUUUUACUGCACGGAUUGACAGUAAGACCAGUGACCUUGUAAUAACAGGAGGUCAGGAUGACACGGCUUAUGUUUGGUCUGCUUCUUCAGGAGAAACCAAAUUCCAGUGUGAUGGUCACAAAGAUUCUGUGACAUGUGUUGGAUUCAGUCAUGAUGGUGUAUACGCAGCGUCAGCGGAUUUAAGUGGACUUGUCAAAGUGUGGAAAGUGGAGACUGGAAAAGAAGUCUGGUCAUUUGAGUGCUCAGAUAUUGAGUGGAUGCAGUGGCACCAAAUUGCCCAUGUCCUCAUUGUGGGCACACAGGAUGGAGACACUUGGAUGUGGAAGAUUCCCAGUGGUGACUGUAAAACAUUUCAGGGACAUGGAUCUUCAUCAGGAAGUGGAUGUCUUCUGCCAGAUGGAAAGAGGCUUUGUGUUGGAUAUGAAGAUGGGACAGUUAAAGUCUGGGACAUGAAAACAGCAACAUGUUUACAUCACGUGAAUGGCAAAGACAUUCACACAUCAUCUGUCGUCUGUGUAGACUGUCACCAAGAUAAUAACUUGAUACUGACAGGAUCCACAGAUGCCACAGCGAAGGUGAUCCACAGCACCACGGGCAAAGUAGUGACCACAUUUAAUUGUGCAGAGGAGAAUACAGAAAAAGAGAAUUCAGUGGAAAGCUGUGCAUUCUCAGACUCGCAAUCUUCCCUAGCAGCCACAGGCACUCUGACAGGGAAGCUGAUUAUCUGGGACAUUCCAACUCAGACAAAUCGUAAUACCUGUGAACACAUUGGAGGUGUGGUAAAAGUUAAAUGGGACACAUCCUCUCCCCUGGUCUACACAGCCUGUCUUGACGGGGUUAUCCGACUGUGGGACGCUAGAAAUGGGAAGUGCUCCUCGGAGUGGGUGGGACAUCAGGACGCCCUACUUGACUUUGAUGUGUCAAAAGAUGGAAAAACUUUGGUGUCAGUUUCAGAGGACAACACAGCAAGAGUUUUCUCAUUGCACAAGCCAGAUAGUUAAUGUACAAAUUUGCUUUUAUUAAAAUUCAUUUUUAAAAGA